CGGGCGCGGGGGGAGGCGGGCGGCCGCCGGGCCCCGCGGAGGGAGCGGGGCAGUUCCUGAAGAGAUAAACCGGGGCGGGAAAGGGGAGCAACCCCCGCGGCCGUGGGUGUGAAGCAGCCGCUCGCCCGCCCGCCCUUUCCCCGGCCGGGAGCCCCGGCUCCUCCAAGGUGUUUUUGGGGGUGAGCGGGUCUCCCUCCUCAGCGAGGGGCGGCCAUGGCGGAGGCAGGGAGGGCCGUCCAGGUGUCUGUCAUUGUGCCUGUUCACAACAGUGAAUGCUGGUUAGAUGAAUGCCUGAAGUCGGUUUGGGAACAAGAUUUCAAAGAAACCAUGGAGCUGUCAGUUUUUAAUGAUGCCAGUAAGGAUGGUUCAGCUGAAAUAAUUGAGAAAUGGAAGAUCAAGCUGGAAGAUGCUGGUGUUCCAGUAAUCAUUGGUAGUAAUGAUUCAUCUCAACCUCGAGGCGUUGGAUUUGCUAAAAAUCAAGCAGUAAUUCAGAGCUCAGGAACCUAUCUCUGCUUUCUGGAUUCAGAUGAUGUGAUGAUGCCCCAGCGGGUUAGACUGCAGCACGAAGCUGCCAUUCAACACCCAAACAGUAUUAUUGGUUGCCAAAUCAGAAGAGAGCCACCGGAGUCUACGGAGCGGUACACUCGCUGGAUCAACAAUCUGACUGAAGAACAGCUUCUUACACAGGUGUUUACCUCCCAUGGACCUACUGUGAUUAUGCCAACCUGGUUCUGUUCCCGAAAAUGGUUUUUUCAUGUGGGAAAAUUUGAUGAGGGUGGAAAGGGUGUUCCAGAAGAUCUGUUGUUUUUUUAUAAACACAUCCAGAAGGGCGGUGAAGUCUUUCGAGUAAACCAUUGCCUCCUGCUCUACCGAUACCAUCCCCAGGCUGCGACUCAUUCCGUCCUAGAGGGAACCAUCUGGAAUCACCGCGUCAGGUUUCUUGAAGAAAGAGUCCUGAGCUCCUGGACGUCGUUCACCAUUUGGAACGCUGGCAAGCAAGGCAAGAAGCUCUACAGAAGCUUGUCACCAGCUAAUCGGAAAAAGGUAACUGCCUUCUGUGAUGUCGAUGAGAAGAAAAUAACAAAAGGAUUCUACACUUACGAAGAAUCGGAGGAGAGACCAAAACCAAAAAUUCCGAUAUGUCACUUCAGAGACGCAACUCCACCCUUCAUCAUCUGCGUGAAGCUGGAUUUGACAGGUGGAGCCUUUGAGACAAACCUGAACAUGCUGAACUUGAGGGAAGGGAGGGAUUAUUACCACUUCAACUGAAACCCAAGAGCUCUUGGCAGCACAGACCGAGGGCCCGGCUCGUCCGGAUGCGGCGGCACAAACUCCUCCCGUCCCCGCGGCGCCCGCAGCAGGAGCCUGGACUCACCCCAGCGACCGGCCCCGCUGCCUCACGCCGAGCUCUGCAGGGAGAGAAGGGGAGAGGGGCUGUGGGGCAGCUGCUGAACAGCAUCCCAAAUCAUGGGAUUAAUACACGACAUCGAGAGGAAAACACAGACUUGCAGAGCUGUAAUAUUUACCGUCCUUUUUAACACCUCCAUUUUUAACUACCCUCAGGAAAUCGUAUUUGUGUGAGUUGUAAAGGAAUUGUAAGUGUUGAUUUUGUAUGAAAUGAACUUCAUUCACCUUU